GAAAGCUAAGCCUUUUAGUGCAACUAAGAAAAUAAAAUAACAAAUACGUAUUGUUAUUUGUAGUUUAAUAUAAUCCUUGAAUAAAACAGAGUUGAUUGUCAAAUUUGCUGCUGCAAAAACAGAUCAGAUAAUGGCUAAAAAGAUACCAUUUAAUGUCGUUUUCGCAUCCGAUGAAGAUCCGGCCUUUCCUGCCAGCGAACUCAACACCCACGGUCCGACAGUGCACGGGUGGCGUAGCGCUCCCCACAGCUCUAUCACACCUCACGAUAUCGUACUGAGAUUUCAUAAACCAGCUAAAAUAUGUCGAAUACAAAUAUUAGCACAUCAGUUCCUCAUACCCGAGAAAGUCGAACUAUGGUUGCACUACUCACCAAAAGGUAUACCGAGCACUCCAUCCUCGCAAUGCUUCGACUUCCUAGGUUUUGUUGCGCUCUCCGACAACGCGGCCACCAACUACAAAUCGCGUGAACUGCAGAGCGUUUCAGUGAACCCGCGACGCGGCACACAUCUAAAGCUGCGCCUCAGCACCGCACACUGCAACGACUACAAUCCUGAUGGGCAAAUUGCUUUGAUUGCGGUCAAUGUCUUGGGUGAGGAGUUAGAUAAAAAUGUUGUUACUGUAACGUUGGAUGGUGUCCCACAAGCGGAUCUACUACAGGCGCAGUUGCCCGCUACCGGCAAUGGCUCAGCAGCAACGAACAAUGAGUUGAGCAACGCUGAGAUAGCUGGUUCAGCUGGCGCUGCUGUCGGCAUCGCUGAACCAGCCUUAGUAUCUAUUUGCGAUGAUCUACUCUUUUCUAUGUAUGUCGAGGAAUCCAUAGCGGAGAUCAUACGCGAAAUGGAGGAAAAGAAAUUGCAAGCGGUUGGCGCUGAACGCUUUGAAUAUGCGCGCAAGCUAAAGUUGUGUAUGACAGCGUUACGCGCCGCCGGCGAACGUUUGGGCCGUUACGCGCUAGCUAAGCGUCAAGCAGUGCAACAAGAGGAUUUCACCACUGCAAAGUUGCGCAAAGAACAAAUUGAAAUGUACAAGGCGCUAGUGUUGAAGCAUUUGUUGGUGAAGGAGUUGCUGGAAGCGAAUGGUUUGAACGCCUCUAAUGAUAUGGCGUGCGAAGUGUAUGCCAGCAAACCGAUAUUACCACCAGCGCCAAGUCUACAGGAUGUCGCACAAGCGCUGGCAGAAGCGCACUACCAAACGAGCACAAUGAGUCCGAAGAGUACACAAGACGAUCGUUCCUCAACCGAUGGUUGCAGUUCGGGUGGUGGAGCGGCCAUUUCAACAAUAUCUGGGACAGCACAAAGCAAUACAAACGAUAACAUGCCACUACAAUCAAAUACGACCCUGCGCAAAUCACAUGACGACAUACCGGUUUCGCCCAAGUUGGGCAAAGGUCGAAGCCCCAGUCGGCACAGUUCGCCUAUGUCCAGUCGGCAAGGUUCCCUGCGUCGUAGGAACAAGAGUGCGCCACGUAAUUCCUAUGAAGACUAUGAAGAGCGCGCUAUACCGACGUUGAGGCAUUCAAAUACUAAUGAAUUUUUAAGGGAAUGUCAAGGUACAGCUCUACUGGAGGCCGAUCCUAACCGUGGGCGUUCGCGUUUAAACGAUCGCGAACGUCGUCAGGCUGCACUACCGAUCCUCGUAUUCGGCAAUGAUAUGGUUGAGCAAUUCUAUUCACGGCAAUUCCAAGAUCGCGAAGAUGGUUUGAUUAGCUUACGCAAUUUUCUAAAAGGCAUGAAUCCUGACCAAUCAAAAACGAACACGAACCCGAACACCAAUGCUAAUUCCCACUCCAACUGCAAUUCGGGCAGUGAGAGUACGGCGGGACCCAAUAAGGUGGCGCGUAGCGCUGCGUUGCUGCUCCAUCGUGCUGUGCGCGAUGCUGUCUACUCGGUCUUUAGCCAAGCCACCGAAACUGUUCGCGUUCUCUUUCUCGAAUAUGUGCCUGGACGUGUAUCGCAGAGUGAAGUGGCGCGUUGUGUAGAUCGUUUACUACCCGAACUUCUGGCUAAAUCUGGCGAUCCAUCGGCGCGCAUCCAUACACUCGCCCAGCACACUAUACUUAGUAUAGCGGCUUGCCCCGAAGUGAUUGAACAGCAUCUGGUAGCGCCAGCACUCUCGCGCAGUGUCAGUUCCGGCACUCAUCCACGGCUGGCGCUCAGUCGCAUGCAAAUGCUGGAGCAAUUGGUACUCAGCCAAGGCAUCAGCACGGACAAGCAUAGUGGCCUUACGUGUCGUGCACUUUCCGAGUGUGGCUGCUCGGGCAUACAUCAUCCGGCUGAGCCGGUGCGCAAGGUGGCCGAACGUAUCUUAUUGUUGGUGUAUAAAGUGAAUCCGCGUUUGGUGCGGAAGCAGUUGCCACCCGAUGAUGAUAUAACAAGGCGUAAUCUGCUUUACCGCCAAUUGUUCACCGAAUUCGAUAAGCUGGAUUUGGAGCGUAAAAAAGAAAUGUUGGAAGCAAAUAAAUAUUCAGGACACAACAACAAUGAGCCUACAUCGCCGCCUUCACAUCGUGGCCGUAAUGAUUUGGAGCACUUACAGCAGGCUACUGGUAGCGGUGGUGGGACUGGCAGUGGCAGCGAUAGCCGCAGCAGUCCUUACAGUUAUAUGUACAGCACAAAAUCCCCAGAUCCGCAAUCAAGCCCCAUGCGCCGUUCUGAGACGCGUAUACUAAAGAGUAAAAGUGGUCAUGCGCUUGGCGGCACAAAUGGUUAUGCAAGUGGUGGCAGUGCCAGUGGUGGAGGCAAUGGAAAUGGUGCUAGUGGUGCAGGUGUUGGUAGCGGUCUGGUAGGCACAUUUGCUAGUUGCAAUGGCAAGCAGCAAUACAAUGAGCAACUGAAGCGUUCAAUGAUAUCUGCAAGUAACUCUAGAAAAGGCUCAAAUUCUAACUCGAACUCGGAAUCGCUGGAAGAACCGCCAGAUUUGAUACACUGUCCAUUUUGCGAUUGGUGCUGUAGCAGCAGCGAUCAAUCACAGCUAGACCGGCAUUACUGGAAGUCCUGUCCUUUUUUAACAAAGUGUCCUCAAUGCAGUCAAGUGCUGGAGGUGGCCGCUUUGAAUUAUCAUCUCACAAAGGAGUGCGAAGCAAAGGAUAGCUAUGUGAUGUGUGAGCGCUGUACAGAAUCGGUGCACAAGCAGCUGUAUGAUUUACAUCAGAUGGAGGACUACUGCCGAGAAUUGAAAACAGGCGCUGCUCGUUGCCCUCUAUGCCACGAUGACGUGCAUCUGCCUUUGGAUGGUGGUUGGAAAUUACAUUUACUAAGCUCGACAGGUUGUCCUGGCAACACUAGACGCCGCGCAAAGAAAUCAAACUAAUUUUAAUAUCUAGCGAAAUUUAGUGGUAGUACGAGUAUAUACAUACACAUUUCUGUAGGUUAUAGUUGUAGAAAGACAGAUAAAAAUUAUCUCUGCUUUGAUGGAAGUUUUACCGGUAUGACUACAGAUACUUACGUAGAACGUACAUACAUUCGUAUACCUAAUAAUAGCAGCAGAGAUAACGUAGAUCACAGAGAAAUUUCGCAUUCAAUUGUGGAAUGCGCUGAAUGCCUUCAUUCAUCGGAUUUAAUACUCGUUAAAUGAAUUGUGUUAUACCUACUCUAAAUAAGUAUUUACAUACAUACAUACAUAUACUAUACAAAAACGAACGUAUACUACACACUUCUAUAUAUACGUACACACAUAAUCUAGGGAUUUGUGCAAAUGCACAAGAAACAUUUUUGAAAGAAAUGCAUUAAUGCUGCUUUUAUAAGAAUAAAUUACCUUUUUUACCAACGCACUUCUUGCUAGAAUAUUUUUGAUAAGUUGCGAGUUUCAAUAAUUAAAUGAAAAAUUGAGAAUUUAGUAGUGAUUUGUGAUUUUUGAAAUCAAUAUAAAAAACAAAAUUUC